AUGUCCAGUUGGAAAGCUCUAUUUUCAAAUUUGAAUUACGCAGCAACGGUUGGCGCGGUGAAGUGGGGAGGCGUGUCAAUUAAAGCAUCAGGUCAGGUGUGCGAGUUUAACAGUCGCAAUGGAGCGUUGCAGAGCAGAGCGCAACGUGCUUUUGUUGUCGAAUAUUUCUUUAAGAGUGGUGACUCGUGCGCUGGAGCGCUUUGGAAAUUUUGUUCUGAGUACAAUAUUCACCGAUCAAGAGAUGCCUUAAGUGUAAACCUUUUGAAAAAUGCAUUAAGAAGUUACGUGAAACGGGUUCGUGAAAAGGCCGCACACCUACUGUAUCAACCUAGGAAAAUGUGCGCCUUGUAG